AUGGCGAAUCGUACAGCUCGCGCCCAAAUCGAAGAUGUUUCGAGUUCGUAUUUUUUACAUCCUUCUGAUGGACCUGGUCUCGUUCUUGUUUCGCAAGCUCCCUCUGAAGAUAACUUUGCCUCUUGGAGUCGUGCGAUGGUUUUAUCUCUUACUGUGAAGAACAAGCUAGGUUUUAUGGAUGGAUCCAUUGUUGAACCCCCUGAGGAUGAUCCUGUUCUUCAUAACGCCUGGGUUUGCAAUAAUGGUAUGGUUAUGUCUUGGAUUUUAAACGCUAUCUCUAAAGACAUUCAAGCUAGUGUGAUGCAAGAGCAGUUCUCUGUCAAUGUUUAUUUUACAAAGAUGAAGGCAAUUUGGGAUGAAUUGGUCAAUUUUCGCCCAAACUGUACUUGUGGUUUGUUGGUUGAUUACUAUAAUCAAGAGCAGGUUAUGGCUUUUCUUAUUGGGCUAAAUGAGUCAUUCUCUCAGACUCGAGGUCAGAUUCUUCUUAUGGAUCCUCUUCCACACAUUAACAAAGUUUUUGCUCUAGUUUCUCAAGAAGAGCGACAGAGAUCUGUUGGGCAAAGUAUUGAAGGGCAUAAUUAUCUCACCUUUGUUGUAAGAGGUGCUCCGGUUUCACAAAUUUUCAGACCUUCUGCUCCAGUUCCUCAUCAGAACAAUAGUAUUAUCAUGCUGGUGAUAAAAAGCAGGGCAGAGAUUUUUGCACUCACUGUAAUAAGUAUGGUCACACAAUGGACAAGUGCUACAAGAGUCAUGGUUUUCCACCUGGAUAUCAAUCCUCUGGUUUCCAGCCUCGACCAAGAUUGGCUGCUCCUUCAGGGUGAAGCAUCAUCUUCUCGGGAGCAUUCAGCCAUGACAUCAGCUCAAUGUCAGCAGAUUUUAGCUUAUGUUUCUCAGCGAAUGGCUCAACAAUCUAGCUCAGUUCCUUCUUCUGUUGUUCCACCACAGGAUGACUCUCACAUCUCCUGUGUGACAGGUACCAUUUAUGCUAAUACCAUCAUGAAUCCCAUGGUUAUGCCUUUUCAUUGGGUUGUUGAUUCAGGUGCUUCUAAGCACAUAUGCAAUAAUAGGUCUCUGUUUUUGCAUCUUAUUCCUGCUCAUAAUACUAAGGUUAUUUUGCCAGAUAAGUCAUGUUUGCAUGUGGCUUUUGUAGGUGAUGUUCAGUUAGCUCCUUCUCUUUCCUUGCAUAAUGUUUUUUAUGUCCCUGAGUUUCAAUUCAAUUUGCUUUCUGUUAGUGCUCUUUUAUCUAAACCUCAUGAGUUUAUCACUUUUGGGUUUCAAUCAUUUGUGAUUCAGGACAAGCUGAUGCAAAUGAUUGGUAUGGGUAAAAGAUUGCAAGGCUUAUAUGUCUUGGAGCCUGUUUUGUCUGCUCCUUAUUCCUCUACUCAAAUUUCUUGUAAUAAAGUCUCAGUUUCUUCUCAGACCUGGCAUAAUAGGCUUGGUCAUCUUCCUUUUUCCAAAUUAGCUAUUUUGAAAGACUGUAUUUCUUUGCCUACUGUAUUGAAUUCUACAUGUUGUCAUGUUUGUUCUUUGGCCAAGUUUAAAAGGUUGCCAUUCCUUGUAAGUUCUUCUCAGUCUAUUGCUCCUGUUGAUUUGUACAUUGUGAUAUAUGGGGACCUUAUAAAGUGGCUUCUUAUGAUGUUUCAUUUGGACAGUGAUGAGUCUGUUUUGCCUUCUUUUGAUCAUUCUUCUACCUCUGUGUCUUAUGAGUCAUAUCCUCCUACUACUGUUCCCUCUUCUCUUCCAGUUUCUGUUUCUUCACCACCUCUUGUUAGAAAGUCUUCCAGGCAUAUCAAAAUUAUUGCCUAUCUUUCUGAUUUUCAAGUCAACUCCAAGCUUCCUUCUACUUCCAAAUAUCCCGUUUAUAAUGUUCUUGGUUAUUCCAAUAUUUCUGAUUCUUUCUUUGCAUAUACUUCCAACAUCUCUGCUGACACAGAACCUUCAUCUUACAAGCAUGCCAUUCAGAAUCCUUCUUAG